UAAUCGAAACAGUCUGCAAAGGAUUCUAGGCGCUAACGGUUCUCUAAGAAAAUAAAUAUCCCGUCAAGUAUCUACCAACGGCAAUCGUCGCGUGCGUUUUCAAAAAAUAAAAGCAAAUUUUUAAAUUGAAAAUCACCUGGAAAAACGAUUAAGCAAAGUGAAUUUUAAUUUGUGAAAAAUCACAAAUUACAAAAGCAAGCCGCAGUUAUAGAAAAAUAAUUGCCCAGCAUCCAAGUUUCCCAACGAGGACAAAUAAACUUACAAAGUAAAAAAACAAAGCAACAGAAAUGGAUUCAGCUGCUGCCGCCGCCGCCAAGCGCGUUCAAAUCGAGAAGGCCCACAACUUUAUGCGCCAAUAUCGCGAUCCCGAGUCCAGGGAACUGAAGAAGCUAUCGGCCAAUCAGUUCAUGGAUGUCUGGGCGCAUUACGAUAAAGACGGAAAUGGCUACAUUGAGGGCACCGAGCUGGAUGGCUUUCUCAGGGAGUUCGUCUCAAGUGCCAAUGCCACAGACAUUAGCCCCGAGGCUGUCACGGACACCAUGCUCGAGGAGCUGAAGUCCUGCUUCAUGGAGGCCUACGAUGACAAUCAGGAUGGCAAAAUCGAUAUCAGAGAGCUUGCUCAACUUUUGCCCAUGGAGGAGAAUUUCCUUUUGCUCUUCCGCUUCGAUAAUCCCCUGGAAUCUAGCGUUGAAUUCAUGAAGAUAUGGCGUGAAUACGAUACCGAUAACUCGGGUUACAUUGAAGCGGAUGAGCUCAAGAAUUUCUUGCGCGACUUGCUCAAAGAGGCCAAAAAGAUCAAUGAUGUGUCCGAGGACAAGCUCAUUGAGUAUACAGAUACUAUGCUCCAAGUAUUUGAUGCCAACAAGGACGGACGCUUGCAGCUGUCGGAAAUGGCCAAAUUGCUUCCGGUUAAAGAGAACUUCCUUUGCCGCCAGGUCUUUAAGGAGGGCAUUGAUGGCGCCACAAAGUUGACCAAAGAAGAUAUUGAAAAAGUAUUCUCGCUCUACGAUCGUGACAACAGUGGAACCAUUGAAAAUGAGGAGCUUAAAGGCUUCCUCAAGGACCUUUUGGAGCUGGUCAAGAAGGACGACUACGAUGCCCAGGAUCUGGCUGCUUUCGAGGAGACCAUCAUGCGAGGAGUUGGCACCGACAAGCAUGGCAAGAUCUCCCGCAAAGAACUGACCAUGAUCCUGCUGACACUGGCCAAAAUAUCGCCCGACGAUGAGGAGUAAAUCGAAGAAAAUCGAAAAACAUACCAAAAAGAGAUUUUAGCCAACUCUAUUUUUGUCACCCGAUUGAAGGGAUAUCCAGAUAUGAGGCCAACCGAGGGCUUCGAGGCAAUUGUUUACUUUAGAGCUGCAUCCAGAAAAGGUCAGCAAAAAAAAUACAGAUUUUGAUAUCGGCGUAGGAUCCUGAGCUAACAGCGAUCCCAGCCGAGACGAAGCUAUUGGUAACAUAAAUCUAAUAUAAAUGUUUCAAUCUUAAAUAAAUGUUUAUCGUACGUUAAGAUGUUGAGAGUAUAUUUCCCCCCAAAAAGUCAAACCAAAAAAAAAAAAAAAAUAUGAAACGGAAAUUUAUCCAAUCAAACAAUUUGCAACACUGAAUCGAGCCACUUAAAGUAAACAAUUAGGAAAUGAUAACAUCAAGAGGAGAUCAGUACAUCGAUUUUAUAUUAUAUUAUAUUAUAUUAUAUAUGUACUUAUAUUUUCUAUGUGUAUUUGCAUAAAGUAUUUUAUUUAAUUACCAAUUAAAACUUGAAAUAAAAGUAGUUAUAUUUAAGGAUACAAGAUUUAUUUGAGAUGACUACCUAAGUAUAAAAAAUACCAUAUGUGUGGCUACAAUCUGUAGAUAAUUGUUGUUAAUAUUUGUGACAGUAUCCCUUUAACACAGCAACAUAAACGUAUUCUAUGCAAAUUCUCUACAAGUGGGUGUAGUUCGUUCUACAUCCAAACUAUAUGUACUUAUACUAUACGUAUGUAACUAUAUCUCCCGCAAACAUCAAUCAAUCAAUCAAGAGCCACUUGCAACAGCCCAAGGGUGGACGCCACUAAUGCUGGUGAAUGGGUAUGCGAAUGGAAAUGCAAAUGCAAAUGCAUCUCCCACCUGAACGUGACACUGUCAUCCUGAAGGGUGGAAAUGUACCUAGUUAAUGUUAGACACACUCGUCCUUGUAUUUUCCACCUGAGGGUCUGCGUAAGAGGAGAUUAUGUGGUGCAGAUUGAGGGCAGUUGCUACUAUAACAUUUUCAAUCAAUUUCCCUGCUUAGGCAAAACGCUAAAAUAAACUUAAAAAAUGAAAAACUUAAACUAUGAACUAUCUAAUGUUUUUUCAAGGUGCUAUAGCUAUAUGUAUUAUUACUCAUUUCUGUCCAUAUUCCUUUUCCCAAGCAGUUUUCCAUUCUAUAUAUUAUAUAUUUUCAAAACCAAACUAAUUUAAAACUAACUUAAGCUUUAAAACCAAGACAAAUUGUUACAAUCUUGAAACGGAGUUUACUCAAGGAUUCAUUAUUAACUUGAUUAACUUUAAAAAUGAAACCAUUAGGAAAAACCGAUUGUACACACCCGUACAUGCAACAAAAUGCCAACUUAACAUAUAAAUAAACUAAUUACGAUACAACUCUAUAUGAUAACAUACUUAUGCUAAUCCUAAGAUAUUGUUCAAAAAACCACAUGCAUGUAAAGCUUCGAAAUGGACUUUCUCUAUAUACAACAAGAUACCAAAAUAUCGAAUAUCUAAAUGGAUAUAUGUCUAAUACUAUGGAAAUACAACAGAAAUGUUUUAAUAAAAUAAAUACAAUCUAUGCAGACAUCAAGGGGUCAGCACUCCAA